ACAUCUGCUGUCUCGGAAAGUGUUUUGGGGAACCAGGAGUUCAAAGACAGCUUUGACUCCGUGACGCAGUGUUAGCCAUGUUUACAGAGAAGGUUAGUUCACGGCAGGGGGGGGGGGUUACUUUGUGCUCAAACGCGUUAAAGAAGUGUGUAGUUCUCGUCUCAUGGCAGAAAUGUAAAGUGAACACUGGACAGUGAACUCAGGACACUUUGGUAGCUGGGGAAGUGUGUUGAAAUGCAAAGCGUGUAGGACAUUAAACUGUUCCCACUCGCAUUGUUCCAUAAACAACUUCAUCACCUGGCCGUGGCGGGUCAUGUCAGCAUCCCCAGCAGCUGCAGCCAGCUCAUCCCUGCAGCGGGGCGCACACGGCGGCUCCCCGACAGCCUCCUGUGGCAACACCUCCACCGCGGUCCGGUUGCAGCCUAUCCGCGCCACGGUGCCGUACCAGCUUUUGGGUGGAAACCAGCACAGCCCAACCCGCUCCGCUUCCUGCUCCUUCUCAGUAGCCGGGAGCAACUCAGGUCCGACGACGUCCCGUAGCUCCAGUCCUGCCAACCCGGGUGGAAGCGGCUCGGACGGCAGGCUGGUCCCCAGGCAGAGGCUCUCCCCACCGGACACUACGAGCUCACCAGAACUCUCUCCCUACUCCUCUGUUUCCAAAGCUGAAGGGACAAAGUCCCAGCAGGUCCAGAGCUCGGGGGCUACUUGGCGGACUUCCUCCCUAGGCGCUAUUACUGGGCCCUACCUCACUGGACAGUGGCCUCGUGACCCCCAGGUGCACUACCCAUCUUGUAUGAAAGAUAAAUCCACACAGACUCCUGGAUGUUGGCGUGAGGAGACGAGGAAGAAGACGGCCCCCCACCAGCGCUCAGCGUCCUGCAGCGCCGACCAGCUCAAAGAGCAGAUUGCGAAGCUCCGGCAGCAGCUCAAGCGCAGUAAACAAGGAGGACGCCGCAGUAAAGACGAGGAGCGGCUGUCCCCCCUGCAGAGCAACACCAUCACCUGCACCACCGACCACAGCUCCACAGCCAGCCACGUCCAGCAGUUUUCAAUGUCGAAGUCGGCCCAGAUGCCGCUGUCCAGCAUCACAGUGCCAAAGCCUUCCAUCUCCAGGGUGCCCAGCAGCAUGGAGGGCAUCAACCACGAGCUGGAGAAGGUGUUCAUCAAAGACGACGGAGAGAAGGAGGAGCUGAAGUCUCUGGAGGUUCCUGAUGGCCGCCGAGCUCCCUUCCCUCCCCAGCAGCGCAGCAGCAGCACCCGCAGCGUGGACACGCAGACUCCCUCAGCCCCCGGACGCUCCAGCAGCUGCUCCAGCCUGUCGCCCUGCCCCUCGCCCGCCUGCCCGCCUGGAUCACACGACGGCAGUCCUUACUCCACGGAGGACCUGCUGUACGACCGGGACAAAGACGGUGGAAGCGGCUCCCCUCUGCCCAAGUUUGCCUCCUCGCCCAAACCCAACAACAGCUACAUGUUCAAGCGAGAGCCGCCAGAGGGCUGUGAGAAGAUCAAAGCGUUUGAGGAGACGAGCUCCAGGACGUCCGGCUCGGCCUCGGUGCCGCUCUUCUCCUGCCCCGACAAGAACAAGGUCAACUUCAUCCCGACGGGCUCGGCCUUCUGCCCCGUCAAACUCCCCGGCUCCCUGCACCUCGCCCCGGCCUCGCAGCGUGAGGACAACGGGGAGGCGGCGUCCGGCUCACGGCUCCAGGGGGCCACAUCGCUCUACGGAGCCCCCGCUCAGGUCUCCACGAGCACCAGCACAGACGAGCCCCCGGAGGAGCCCGGCUCGCCCUCAGAGACUGCUGACCCCCCGACAGACAGCUGGACCUGAGUAGAGCUGGCCUCUGACUCCACCGAGCAUCACCACUGACUGUCCCACCAACUCCUCCCUGUGCUGACCCCCUCCACCCCUUCUGUCUCUGCAUGACGUAGCAGCAAUGUCCUGAAAUCAGCACCACCACCACCACAAAGACUCCACCGCAAUGUUCUGUCCUGCAUAAUGUCUGAGCUGCUGCUGCGGGACGUGAUGUUGUCAUCGGCAGGCGUCAGAGGGAAGAAUAGAGCCCGAUGGAUGAGGGGGGGGCAUGCAUUUUAAACUGGUAGUAUAUUUCUGACUAAAUGAUGUGUUGUGUUCUGUUUCAACAUUCACAGUAUGAAUAAGCUCUCUAAACAUACAUAUAUAUAUAUAUAUAUACAUAUAUAUACACAUAUAUCUCUAUGAAAAGAAAGAAAGAUGCUCGUUUUAUCAUGUACCAAACAGCUGUUCAGGAUUAUGUUUACACUAUCCAGGUUCUUAAACUCUGUCGGAAAACAAAAUGCAAUGAGAACAUAAUUUGUGAAAAGAUGGAUUCUAAUUGGUUGCACAGUUUCUGCAUCCGGCCUCGCUUCAGGUAUUUCACAAUCGGAGUCUUUACUCAGGUAAAUUGGAAUGUAUGUCCAUACAAAUAUCUGCAGCUCGACAAUGCAGAACAGAUUCACUGUCAUUGUUUCUGGUUCUUCUCAUUCCCAGAGCAAGGUCUAGAGGUCUGCAGAGGGCUGCAGGACUUUAGAGGUCUGCAGGACUUUAGAGGUCUGCAGGACUUUAGAGGUCUGCAGAGGUCUACAGGACUUUAGAGGUCUACAGGACUCUAGAGGUCUGCAGAGGUCUACAGGACUUUAGAGGUCUACAGGACUUUAGAGGUCUGCAGGACUUUAGAGGUCUGCAGGACUUUAGAGGUCUGCAGAGGGCUGCAGGACUUUAGAGGUCUGCAGGACUUUAGAGGUCUGCAGAGGUCUGCAGGACUUUAGAGGUCUGCAGAGGUCUGCAGGACUUUAGAGGUCUGCAGGACUUUAGAGGUCUGCAGAGGUCUGCAGGACUUUAGAGGUCUGCAGGACUUUAGAGGUCUGCAGAGGUCUGCAGGACUUUAGAGGUCUGCAGGACUUUAGAGGUCUGCAGAGGUCUGCAGGACUUUAGAGGUCUGCAGGACUUUAGAGGUCUGCAGAGGUCUGCAGGACUUUAGAGGUCUGCAGGACUUUAGAGGUCUGCAGGACUUUAGAGGUCUGCAGAGGUCUACAGGACUUUAGAGGUCUGCAGGACUUUAGAGGUCUGCAGGACUUUAGAGGUCUGCAGAGGUCUACAGGACUUUAGAGGUCUGCAGAGGUCUAUAGGACUUUAGAGGUCUGCAGGACUUUAGAGGUCUGCAGAGGUCUAUAGGACUUUAGAGGUCUGCAGGACUUUAGAGGUCUGCAGGACUUUAGAGGUCUGCAGAGGUCUACAGGACUUUAGAGGUCUGCAGAGGUCUAUAGGACUUUAGAGGUCUGCAGGACUUUAGAGCUGCACAUUGGACGUAUAUUUGUACAAACAUUCUUUUCCUAAAAUAGAAAUGAUCUUAUUUAAAACUCAGUUUUUGGAGUCAAAGAAGCCGAUUUCUUGUGCAACUUAACAGAUUUCAUCAAGAGCAGAACCAGCUGACGUCCGUCUGUGUGAGCAACAACAACAUAUCGGACAACAUUACUUUAACACAAUUUAUUUUUCUCCUUGAAGUGGUUGAAGUCUCUCGUGGUGUAUCGGCCAACACUGUCCCGAUGCAGCGUCUGUGAUGUAAUACGGCCUCAUUAUUAAAUACAUGAGAAGUAACCCGAUUAGAAGGCGACCAAACAACACGACACUCUUUCAGAUCCGUCUCUGAGUCAUGAAGUCAGACAGACGCUUCCUGAUGAACGUUACACGUAUUUAACAUCUGUGCAGCUGUGCAGAGGCAGCAGGAAGGUUCUGGACAACAGUAGACGCAGUUUGCACGAGCUGAAGAUGAACUAUAGCCUUACAGGAUGAAUGUUUGCACAACUUUUAACUCCAAUCUGCAUCCAAACUAAGACUGUUCUGAGAAUCCAGAUCCAUUAAAAGCAUUCCAUGAGAUGUUUAGCAUCCGAGACUCUCAGCCUUUUGAUUUGAUCGUAAGACUCUCAGUGCGACGAGAUGUUUGAUGCCUGACCUGCCUCUGUCUGUGAUCCAACAUCUCAUCAGUCUAAAUGUUCUUUCAUUGCAACAUAACCUGCAUUUGUUUUGAUAUGUGGUGUGCUUGUGGAACCCCUGCGUUGACCUUUCAUGUUUUGUAUAUACGUGGCGUUUAAAGAGGCUCAAUGCAAUGUUGUGGUUUCUUAAGAUAGUUCAGCACCUUACCAAGAGCUUUGGCUUUCCCAAUGUCCCACAUAUACUCGGCAUUGGUAAACUAGAUGUGUGCAAUAAUAGAAGCAUACCGUGUUGUCCGUUCUUUGACACGAGCCGCUCAUCGUGCAUUCCUUUGGUUUUGAUCUUGGAGGCUGGAUCAGCAAGUAGUUUGUUGCUAAAGUCAUCAGCUGAUACAAAAGCAGCUGUGAGUGACCCGAGCACAUCGCAGAGUUCAUCUGCUCACGACACUCCCUGUGUAACCUGUUCAUGCACAAUGGCAAUAAAAACACUAUUGGUUGUUUUGUCCACGUGUUAGUGUGUGAGGAUCACACACACACACACACACACACACGUCUCUACAGCCGGUGUACGUGCACAGACAAACAUGAACGGCCUCCUUUAGACUCAUCAGUGCUGAUCCUGCUACAUCAAUGAUGAAGUGUGUCGAGCAGCAAUAACAAUAAUCUGUCAAACUGCCGUUCAGGGGACACUGAUCAACAAUAUUUCCAAUAUUAUUUAAAGGCACAUUGAAUUAUUAAAUAUAGUUUCUGCAGGACAUUAUACAUGUGAGCUUCAGAAGGUCCCUCUGUGGGUCGUACAGACGCUUCCCCACCAGGUGACCUGGGUUCCUCAGUUGCUGUUACUUUAACAAGGCGUCUGUAUCUCCCCCCAGCAUCUGUGAUUACAGGACAUGAAGUGCGAAGCUUUAAAACAUCAGUUCAAACACAAGCUGACAGUAAGUUCAGCGUCCGGCUGACCUUUGACCUUUGACCUGCCGUGUUCUGAUCCAUGAUGUUGGUGUACGAGAGUUUCAUGUUUUCAAUGAAUCGGUUUAGUUGAAGCGUUUCAAAGAUGGAACACUUUUAACAUUUACUUACAGAAAAUCAUUUGAUCAGAAAAAGUGUUUUUUGCCUUCGAGUGCUCAGAAAUGAUUUUAAUAAACAUCUAUAAUCACA